CGAAGUGUUUUGAUACAACACUGCGUUAUUCAUAGCGUCCUAGCUCCUUGGAAUUCAUUCCAGUCGUCGAAUCUGUGGCAGCAUGCGUGCAAUACAAAUUUCUGUGCGUUAUUUUAGUUCAAUAGAAUCUUAAUAGUACCCAUUGACAGUGAGAUAAUUUUUUAUUUUAUGAAAAAGUAGUGUUUAUCGUAUAGAAAUAACGACAGGAAUCAUCAUCUCGAUGUCAUAUACGUAUUUAUGAAGUACAUACAUAUCUGAAAUCAUUUCGGAGCAUUUCGUGUACUCCACCGCUAAAACUCGUGAUGCACUUUCGUAUGUUCUCCAGUUCAAGGUAUACAUUGUAAUUACUUUUCACAAUGACCCGCGAUGAAAAGUAUGUUGUAACGGAAGUGCGGCUUCAACGAUAACAGUUGACUAUUCCAUGAUGAGACAGAUGUGUAGUUAUAUUCGAAAUUAGUUAAGUUUAGCAUUCUUUCAACGAGGAUCACGAUGUGGCCACGGCUGAGAAAGUCUUGUCGCGCGUGGUCAAUCAUUCUCUCGAUUGCUCUUUUGAUGGGAAUAUUCUUCGUUUGGCCAUGGAAAAGGCGAGAGGACGAAAAUUCUCCUAACGAUUACGUUUCACUUCGACUCUUAGACAAUCAAAGAGAUUACAUAGAUCGUAAAGGAGUACACGUGGUAGUAGGACAUUAUAUCGGAGAUUCCGUGGAUCCAAUGAAAACUCCGAAUAUUACGAAAGAUUUCAUUAACAAAAAUAUGUUUGAUCCACGGCCAUUUGAGGGAAAGAAUGGCAAUCCGGUUCUUGUACCGGCGAAAGACUUUUAUAAAAUGCAGCUGCUGUAUCAAAUCAAUCGAUUUAAUUUGAUGGCUAGUGAUAGAAUACCAUUGAAUCGAUCUCUACCAGAUGUUAGAAGAAAAGGGUGCGUAACACGAUAUAUGAACGUAGGUAACUUACCGAAAACGUCGAUAAUUAUCGUCUUUCAUAACGAAGCUUGGAGUACGUUACUCAGGACUGUAUAUAGCGUAAUUAAUAGAUCGCCAAGGCAUUUGUUAGAAGAAAUUAUUCUCGUUGAUGACAAUAGUGACAGAGAUUUUUUGAAGGACGCGUUAGAUGAACAUGUAAAGAAUUUAAAAGUUUCCACUAAGGUUCUUCGUUCCACGAAACGUAUAGGAUUAGUGAAUGCGAGACUUCUAGGUGCCAACAGAGCCAAAGGCGAAGUCCUCACGUUCCUUGACGCACAUUGCGAAUGUACGGUUGGAUGGCUGGAACCCUUACUCGAAGCGGUUGCUAAGAAUAGAACUAGGGUAGUAUCGCCUGUUAUCGAUAUAAUAAAUGACGAUACUUUCAGUUAUACACGGUCUUUCGAGUUACACUGGGGUGCAUUUAAUUGGGAUUUGCAUUUUCGCUGGCUAACUUUAAACGGUCGAUUGUUGAAAGAGAGGCGUGAAAAUAUCGUCGAACCAUUCAGAACACCCGCCAUGGCUGGGGGAUUGUUCUCUAUGAAUCGAAAUUACUUUUUUGAACUAGGAAGUUACGACGAUCAAAUGAAAAUUUGGGGCGGUGAAAAUUUGGAAUUAUCUUUUCGAGUAUGGCAAUGUGGCGGUAGCAUCGAGAUUGCCCCUUGCUCUCACGUGGGGCAUCUCUUUCGAAAAUCAUCGCCGUAUACGUUCCCAGGUGGCGUCGGAGAGAUUCUAUAUGGGAAUCUCGCUAGAGUAGCCUUGGUUUGGAUGGACGAAUGGGCAGAAUUCUAUUUUAAAUUUAAUACAGAGGCAGCUAGAUUAAGAGACAAACAACCAGUUCGAGAUAGAUUGGAAUUACGUAAGAGGUUACAAUGCAAGAACUUCGAGUGGUAUUUGAAUAAUAUAUGGCCAGAACACUUCUUUCCGAAAGACGACCGUUUCUUUGGACGGAUUUUGCAUAUUUCAUCGAACAAAUGCAUUAUGCGACCAACCGGGAAAGGGACGUAUUCUCAACCCUCGGGAUACGCAAUCCUCGAAACGUGCCUUUCACGACCAAUACUCAGUCAAAUGUUUGUGAUGACGACGGAUGGAGUUAUAAUGACCGAUGAGAGCGUCUGCUUGGAUGCACCCGACCAUGACACCCAGCACAAGACACCAAAGGUUAAGAUGAUAACGUGUAGCGGCCACAAUAGACAAAAAUGGCGAUACGACGGACAAUCAAAGACUUUUGUGCACGUAUCUUCGGAAAUGUGUUUGCAAUCAAAGAACGACGAGGGUCCUGUGAUAGCAGCUUGUACAAAGGACAUCGAUCAGAAAUGGUUAUUGGAAUCGAUUCCUUGGAAAUAAUAGUACCAAUAUUUCCUCAUAUCGAACGCUACCUUAAAGCACGAUAUAUUUGUAAAAAUUAUUUCUAAUGGAAUUUUUACUUUCAUAUACUUGCGGCUAUUUCUACAGGAAAUAUUUGUAAAUAAACGUAUGCCUGGCUAUUUUAUAAAA